GUGCCGCACGCUCGUACCACAUUUACAGGGCCGCUCCUUCGGGCGCCAUGUAAAAAGUGAAGGCGCUGCGUCUUCCCAAAGCGCAAUCAAUUCAAAGCUGCUGGCGUAUAGCUUGCAUGCAGAUGGGCUAUUACUAAUACUACUCCACCCCGCAAUACUAGUACUCCACCCCGCAGAAGCACGAACAGACGCGAGCGCGACCAGCACGCCGCGGCCACCCACGCGACAGCUUGCGAGCAUGCCGCCGCGACCGAAGACGGAGAAAACGGGGCUUCGCCGCCGCCGGCGAGAGGAUGCGCUGCAUCACGUCGUCCAUACUGCGGCGGAGGUAGGCGUGGACGACGUGGCGCUGGCGCAGCACGCCGUCGAGGUCGAUCCUAACGCGGAGACCCAGGCGGGGCGGGGCUUGGAUGCGCCGCCGCCCGACCUCGUCGUUGGUGGGCACGCAGAGCUCGGCGUCGACGAUGGGGCGCUCGUCGAGCAUGGCGUCGAGGUCGAUCCUGACGCGGAGACCCAGGCGGAGCUCGGCUUGGAGGUGCCAGCGCACGCAGAGCUCGUCGUUGGUGAUGCGACUCGGGGUACUCAGGGCAUGGGUCCGGACCUUGGCGCGCUGCUGCACAAGGUGAAGCCACUCCCGCCGAGCCAUCCAACAGCUUGUGUACGACCGGCAAGACCGAGCCGCCCAUGAGUGCGUCCUCCGCUUGAGCUUGAUGGGAGCGAUCCGCGGCUCGGGUCAAAAGCUCCUCGCCGGCGUCCUGCUAGACCUAGCGGAGGAAGGCCGACGACGCGAGCUCCAACUUGUGGUCCUCCGGCGCCCACUCCGCCGCCGGCAGUCCCAUCGUGCCCACGUCCAAACGCCUCCCCUUCGCCGCCGCCGUCCUCUAAGUCUACUGGAGGUAGGUUUAGAUCAAAAAACGCCAUGGAGUUCUGGAAGAAGGACGAGAACGAAUGAGUACGAUUAAGCAUGCAUCAUGUGUUGUUCUUAUAAGGAGAAUUUGAAGCUGUGUCGAUGGCCGUGGCGCC